AUGGAGGGCAUGAACGUACAUGCUGGUCAGUCCAAGACGGCCUCCAGAGCGGCAGCCUCUCGUCCCUCGUCGCAGGCUUCAUCGAGCCAUACCCCUGCCACCACCCAAGGAACUCCGUCCAAACGUGCUCGUUCCGAGUCCGAGGCCGCGGACGAGGACAGCGAUGACGCCCCGCCCCAGGAGCUCGAGGAACACUAUGUCACCAUGCGUACCGACGUUGUUGGAAUCCAGCACUAUGCGGGUCUCGUUGGCGCAGGCGAGUUUGUUGUUCUCCGCCGGCAGCCGAACAACCCGUACGACGCCAAUGCCGUGCAGGUCAUCAACGCGGCUGGUACACAAGUUGGCCACAUCCCUCGCGCCGUCGCUGGCCGUCUCGCUCCCCUCAUGGACGCCAACCUGCUGACCGUCGAGGGCCGCAUGAUCGGCCAGAAUGUCGACCGCAAAAUGCGCUACAAGCUUCCCAUUGACAUUUCCAUCUUUGCCCGCGCUUCCUAUCGCCCUCACCUCGCGCCUGAGCUCGCGUGGGCUAUGCCUGCCGCAGGUUUCGCUCAGGCUGUGCGCCAGCGGGACCACCAGCAGCAGGGUGGCACUGGUGUCCAGUCUGGCACCUCUGGCCGCGCUCCAGCUCCUGUUGUUGACGAGAGGAUGCAGCAGAUCCUUGACGGGUUUAAGAAGGUCAACGAGGACGAGAAGGCUGCCGAUGGCGUCAUGGCCGCUCUGACUUCUGAUCUGGACGUUACCAAACUGCCCCUCCACCCAUCGCCGCCGUCAAUCGCGUCUGGCGACCUUCACACCGAUCUGCUCCCACACCAGUCCCAGGCUCUGCAGUGGAUGGUCUCGCACGAGAAUCCCAAACUGCCUUCGAAGAUUGGCGACGACGCUGUCCAGUUCUGGACGCGCCAGAAGGGAUCACGCGGUCAGAGCGAUUACUGGCUGAAUGUGGCUACCAAGACGCCGCAAGACGACACGCCUGUUCUUGGCCGUGGCGGUAUCAUGGCGGAUGGAAUGGGCCUGGGUAAGACCCUUACGACACUGUCUCUGGUCCUCGCCACGCAGAAGGAAAAAGUAGGACAGGACGUUUGUGGCGCGACUCUGAUCGUUUGCCCCCUGUCUGUCAUCUCCAACUGGGAGAAGCAAAUUCAGGACCACAUCGUACCGGGCAAAGUCAGCUCGUACACGUACCACGGCGCGGGCAAGGGUGUCACGUCCACCACGCUGUCCCAGUAUGACACUUUAGCCUCUGACUGGGCCGGGUCUUUUGGCAAUUCAAAGGGCAAGAAGACCAAGAAGACUACCGGGCCUCUCAUGGAGGUCAAAUGGAAGCGCGUUGUUGCCGACGAGGGACAUGUUAUGAAGAAUCCAAAGGCCAAAACCUUUGUCUCACUCCAGGCCGAGCGCCGCUGGGUCCUCACCGGCACCCCCAUCGUCAACGCCCCCAACGACCUCGGCUCGCUCCUCACCUGUAUCCAAGUCUGCGCUCCGCUCGACCAGCCCGAGCUCUUCCGCAGGCUCGUCAUUCGCGGGCUUAAGAAUGGCUCUGCUGAAGCUGGACGCCUCCUUCAGGCUAUCGUCGGUCAAGCGCUUCUGCGUCGUACAAAGGACACCAAAGAUAAAGAUGGUAACAAACUCAUCGGCCUGCCGCCUAUCGAGUACUACCAGUGUCCCAUCAAGCUCGAUGCCGACACGCGUGUCUUUUACAACGAGGUUAUGGCCGAGUCGGCGCGCAGGUUCCAGGACAGCUUGCGUUCCGGCGAGAGUAGUGUCAACAUCCUGUCCAUGUUGACCAGAAUGCGCCAACUGUGUCUGUCUGCCGACAUGGUUCCCGCGUCCUACCUCGACGAGAUCAGGGGCAACGCUGUUACUACCAAGGGACCUGCUGUACCCAUCAACUCGCUUUCAGACGAAGAGCGCGACAAGCUUAUUGAGAAACUGCGACAAGCUAUGGCUGACCAGGAAGAAUGCUCCGUGUGCUAUGAUAUUCUGGACGAUCCCCGCAUUACCGACUGUGGUCAUCCAUUCUGUUUCGCCUGCAUCACCGAGGUUAUCCGCCGCCAGGCCCAGUGUCCCAUGGACCGCCACCCCAUCUCACCUGGCUCACUCCUCGAGCUGCCUCCUGACGUGGCCGAGGACGACGCCGACAAGUACCUCGCCCCGCCUGUCCGAUCAGCAAAGAUUUCCGAGCUGGUGCACUACCUCCAGGCCUUUGACAAGGACGACAAGACCCUCGUCUUUUCCCAAUUCACCACGUUCCUCGACCGCGUCGCUGCCGUCCUCCAGGAGGAAGGCAUCCAGUUUUGCCGUUUUGACGGCAGCAUGAGUGCCAAAAAACGCCAAGCGGUCAUCGCCCAGUUCCAGACGCCCGUCACGGAAGCGAACCGCGCGGGCAACCCUGUCGUCAUGCUCAUCUCGCUCAAGUCUGGCGCAGUGGGUCUGAACCUGACGGCCGCAAGCAAUGUGUUCUUGAGCGCCAUUGAGGCGCAGGCCGUCGACCGCGUGCACCGCAUGGGCCAGCGCAAGAAGGUCCGCGUCUUCCAGCUGAUCGCAGAGGACACGAUCGAGGCCAAGGUGCUCGAAAUUCAGAAACGCAAAGACGCCCUCGUCGCCAAGGCGUUUGAGCACUCUGGCACGCGUGAGACCAAGGCGGCCAAGAAGCAGGCGCGGUUCGAGGAGCUCAAGGAGAUUUUCGGCCUCGAGUGA